ACUUAUUAGAUACUGGCUGAAAACUUUUUUGAUAAUUAUUGAAUUAGAUAUUUUAUAUGAAAUGAAAGAAUAUUAAUUUGUACUAUUAUUUGUUGUCACAUUUAAUAAUUAUGAAUCUAGAAUUAACUGAUGAAACUGAAGCAGACGUAGACGACGAGGAAGUUCAAGAACAGACUGUCUGCGCUCGACUCAUUUUUACAAAGGAGCAGAAACAAGACCUUCACGAAGCUUUUGACCUACUCGAUUAUAACGGCGAAGGUAAAAUAAGAGCAGAAGACUUUCGUGUAGCUAUAAAAGCUUUGGGAUAUGAACCAACGAAGGAAGAACUACAGAACAUGAUAAAUGGCGUCGAUAAGGGACAGACGGGGAAGUUGAGUUUUGAAAAUUUCGAAACGGCAAUCAUGAGAAAGGUCAUGUAUCUGGACUGUGAUGGAGAUAUAAUGAAGAGUUUUCGUCUCUUCGAUAUGGAUGAUACUGGUUUCAUAAGUUUUGAAAACUUGAAGCGCGUCACUCAAAUACUCGGCGAAAAUUUAACUGAUGAAGAAAUUGAAGAAAUGAUAGAUGACGCUGAUAAAGAUUUUGAUGGAUAUGUCUCGGUACAAGAAUUUAUGAAAAUGAUAAAAAACUCCGUCAAUAUUGUAACUCCAUGAACAUAAGAAAAGUAAUAAAUGCGGCUAUAAAACAAUAAUUAA